GUUCAUGCCAUCUUGUGCUCCCUGAACUUUCUCUGUGCUUUCAUUUGGACCUCUUGGGAAUUUGAUCACCAACCACAGGAAGAGUGGGAGAGAGAGAGGAGAGGUGGACCACGGAGUGGUUAACCUCAUGACAUCACAUGCUGCAAGCUGAUUGGCUGUUGUCUGAGGCUGGAGGGUUUAAAAAGCCAAUCAGGAGUUUCUCAGCACCAAGCAGCAGCAUCACCGAGCAGCAGACAACACCCAGGGAAACCCAGGAGAUACACUUGAGACAAACCACAUCAGCCUGUUUUUGCUCCACAGUCUGCUGAGCUCCUGAAACUUCCUUCGACUGCAAACAAGACACAAAACUGUGACACAAUGAAAGUGGCUGUUAUUUUCGUUCUCCUCUUCGCCACAGUCCUCUGCAGGCCGGCGAGAAAAGUCUCUGUCAGCAGUUCAGAGAGCUCAGAGGAAGUGGUGAGACGACCUGCAGCUCAACCCAUCAGGAAACAGGCAGCAGUCGUUCCACAGGCCCGUGCGGCUAGUGUACAGAAUGUCGUAGCAGCUGCUGCUGCCAGCUCAGACGAGAGCUUAGAUGGUUCAGAUGAAGAUGAGCAGCAGAUAGCAUUCCAGGCCGUAGUUGAAGCCAAGUCAGACAUCUCAGCCACAGCUUCAACAGACACAGCUUCAACAGACACAGCCUCUGUCGACAGCAAGGACAGUGAAGACAGUGAUGAUGAUGAUGACGAUGAUGAUGAUGAGACAGAGGAAAACGAUACCGAUGAGGACGAGUCCAGCGACAGCUCAGAGUCAGGCGAGUCCUCCACCACCGUUCCCUCCACCCUCACCCCUGUGAUCAUCACAGAGGAACCCGUACCUGAAACCACCGAAGCACCAAUUGAACCCACCAUCGUCACAGACGCAGACGCCCGUGGUGACAGCCUGGGUGGAUACCCCAGUGAUUACAAGACCAUUAUCUAUGUGGAGGACAAAUCCUACCACAAGGUUCCUGCUCCUUACAAGUCCUACGAGUAUGUGAACACCGGAAAGAAGAUGGCCUACGACAUGACAGAGGGCAAUGAUGUGGAGAAGUCACUGCAAGUGUACAAGGCAAUCCACGUCCACGCUGAUCUCCUGGAGGAGGACACCAGCACCCCUGAGGUAGAGAGCCAGGGCCUGGAUGCAUCCUCUGGUAUCUCUCAGGACCAGGCAGUUGAACCCCGCCAGGCUCCCCUUCCAGAGGAGGACAGUGCAAGUGCCAGCGAUGCCACCACCAGCGAGAGCGAGAGCUCCAGCACUCCAGAGGAAGAAGAAGAGGCGGAGGAGAGCUCGAGCACCGCCAGCGACAGUGCCAGCACCAGCCAGGAGUCAGAGGAUGAGGAGAGCCAGAGCAGUGAGGAGGCCACCGCUACACCUGGAGCCGCUGACAGCGACUCAGAUGAGAACGACAGCAUUGAGGGUGACUCCGAUGAGGAGGGGGCAGGACCUGACAUCACCACCGAUGUGCCGGUGGUCAUCACUGCCAAAUAAACCCCAGCCAAUCAGGAAACAGAGUGGAUAGCGGUGUCCAAAAGAUUCACAUAGAGAGCGCAUGCUGCAUCCAGGUGCAAAACCCCCUCCUGAGCCACUUUCCACUGCAGGGCCAAACAGGGAUAGUCUAGGAUUAGAUCUAAUUGAUAUGAGUGUAUUCAGCCAACAUUUCAGUGAUUGUUUGUGCAUCCUUCUGGAAGCAGAAUUCUUGUUCACUUUAAACAUAUUUAAAUAAAUGCAUUAUCCUCUCAGACUGUGGUCUUGUUACCCUGGGAAGUCCUGUUUUUGACCCUGCAGGGGAAAUGUGGUGUAACUGACGACUGCUACCUGCAACAGGAGGAGGACCGCACAACCUUUUCCCCCCUCCCCUCCUCCCUGGUCUGUUACUGCAUUAAAGAAGGUCAAACUGGAAAAGAGAAAAGAAAAGAUGAUUCCUGAUAUCUCCACCAGCACAACACUGCCUUUAACCAUUAAUCAAUAACUACAAUACGCUAAUGCAUAACAUGUAAAAUAAGAUAUUUUUAUCAUUUUAUGCAAACUAAAAUCGUAACUUGAUAUUAGGCCAAACAUUUGCUGUCUGUUGGCCCAGCUUUGUUGCUUGCUAGUAUCAAAUUUGAAAGUGAAAGUAAAGGAUGUUAUGAAAGAGAAAUCCAGUACAAGGUUCAUUCAAAUAUAAAUGCAGUACACAUACACCACAGUCCUGUUCGUUUGCACAGUUUGUACCUACACUACAUGUUGUUUGUCCCAUGUUGUUUACUGUAAUGUAUCAUAUUGUACCAUUUCUAAAAUAUUAAUAAAGUUUUUCAUAAAAAGAGA